GCGAAGGAGGGCGGAAACAGGCGACGCAACUUCCUCCUUCCAUCAGAAGAAGCCCUAGCGACACAGGCACCGUCUGCUCCUCCUCUUGCGGCUCAUCUCUCCGCCGUGAUCCUCACCAUCCUGUAAAACUCCAAUCUAUCUGAACGCUAUGUCCCCGCCUGAUACUAAACCCCUAAAUCCUGACUCCGGUUCGCCCCCGAGUCAAACGCCAACUCAGCAAUCAGAUUCCCCGGCUGAUGCUAAGCCAGAAGAUGCUCCGUCAGAUCAGCAGAAGCAGGAGGAGGAGGAAGAAGAGGGGGAGUGUGGAUUUUGCUUGUUCAUGAAAGGAGGUGGAUGCAGAGAUAGCUUUAUCGAUUGGGAGAAGUGCAUUGAAGAGGCAGAGAAGAACCAGGAGGAUGUUGUGGAUAAGUGCGUUGAGGUAACUGCGAAAUUGAAGUUGUGUAUGGAGGCUCAUGCAGACUACUACGAGCCUAUUUUGAGGGCAGAGAAGGCGGCUGAGAAACAAUUCGUCGAUGAAUUGGAAAAAGAAGCAGGGACGGCGGAGCAGACUGCAGAUCAGAGUGCUUCCCAGUCAAAGGAGGCCAAGGAUUCUGGGAAAGAAGCGGCUUCUAAUGAUAAGUGAGAAUGUCUUAGGUCCAUGCGAAAUACGCUAGUUCAGAAAUGAAAAUUGUGUUUUCAUAGUAAUUUGUUUAACAAAAAUGAUAAAGGAGAACGUUUUACAUUCACGUUUUUUCCGGAUUUGUGGCCGGACUAGAGGCUAUUGAACAAGAUGAAUUACGAGAGAAAGAGAGAAAGAGUCUAAUCUCAUUUUUUGUUCCCAAUAAUUGGAAUGAUUAAUGUUACUUACUUCAAUUUAUUAUUUUUAUUCCCCUUGAAUUUUA